GGUGCUUGCGAGGAAAUGGCGGCGGUCACCGUAAACAGCGCCAAGCGGGGCCUGCGGGCCGAGCUGAAGCAGCGCUUGCGAGCUUUGGGCGCCGAGGAACGGCUGCGCCAGUCUCACCUCCUCACACAGAAGGUGAUUGCCCACAGUCAGUAUCAAAAUUCCAAAAGAAUUUCCAUCUUUCUGAGCAUGCAAGAUGAAAUUGAGACGGAAGAAAUCAUCAAGGACAUUUUCAAACAAGGCAAAAUCUGCUUCAUCCCUCGGUACCAGUUUCACAGCAAUCACAUGGACAUGGUGAGGCUAACAGCACCUGAAGAAGUUGCUUUACUUCCCAAGACAUCUUGGAAUAUUCAUCAGCCUGGUGAGGGAGAUGUUCGGGAGGAGGCCUUAUCCACUGAUCUGUCAUGAAGAUCCCAACAGAACAUGGAAUUCUGGGGAAUGUAGCUCAGCUCAACGAAGUUACCACAUCACAAAAUCACUGUGGAUAGCUUCUGUCAAGCUGGAACCUACUUGUGGUAUCUUAAGCCAUAUGCACAUAAAAACAGUGCGAAGCCACAUCUCUGUCUUAUGGACUGUGUACAACCAGACACAAAUUUUUUCCCAGAAGGGAGUACAAAAGCUUCCUUGGGUUUUGGGGUAAUACUUACACUUUUCCUGGCCAUCCAUCCAUCCAUAGAUAUUUAAUAUAUAUAUAUAUAUAAUGAUUAAAUGUUAUUAAUUCUUCCUAUGUAAAUGGUAAGAGGGUCACAAUUCAUAUACAUAAACAUUUAUGGGUUUUGUCGUUAAUUUUUGCUUUUUAAGAUAAACUUCCAUGCAGCUCUUACUCGUCUCAAAUUCAUUAAGGCGCUGAGGAUGACUUUGAGUUGAUUUUCAGGCUUCUACCUUCUCAGUGCCAUGAUUACAGGUAUAUACUACCUGUAUAUAUUAUAUAUAUAUAAUUUGCUUUGCUGGGGACUGAAUCCAAGGCUUUGUGCAUGUUAGGCAGGCAUUCUACUGACUGAGCUAUAUUCCUAUUAUAUAAACAUUCCCACUAUAUAAAUAUUUACAUCAAAACAAUAUAAACAUUAUAAAUCUCCUUUAUGUAACUGGUCAUAUAGUCAUAGCUAGCUACAAUCCAUUAUUUGGUAUCACCUUUGCUUUCUACAAGUACCCAGUAGUAGGUAGGUAGGUCUAGACCAGAAGUCAUCAAAUCUUCCUCAGUAAAGGGUCUAGGAAGUUAAGCAAAUAUUAUAAGACCUAGUGAUUCUGUCUCAACUACUCAAUUGGAUGUUGCAAUGUCACAAUAAGAUGCUGUAUGCUGUAGUUUGCUGAUCAGACUAUUCACAGUCAUGUAUAAAUUGAAUAUAAGUAUCUGUCAAUUUUGUGCACUUUUUUUUAUUAUCCCAUGCAUUUAUUAUGUGUAUAUGGGGGCCUGAACAUGCUUACCAUGGCUCCUGUUUGGAGGUCAGAAUAGAGCUUUCAGGACUAAGUUUUUUUCUAAUACCAUGUGGAUUCGAGAGGUCAAACUUGGAUCAUCUUCGGGUUUGGCUGCAAACACCUUUGCCAGUUGAAGCAUCUAGCUAACUAUCAGUUUUAAUCACAACAUGAACCAUACACCACAUCAGAUCUCUUGCAUCCCAGGGCCACACCUGCUAUGCAGGGCCAAUCCUUUUCUCUCUGAUAACCAGGAUCCAUCAUUGUCUAGCACAGCAAGGUGUCCUUGUCAUCCUUUUGGCAAUAGUAGAGUAGGUAGCCUCAUUCCUCACUGGGAAACUAACAGCUCUAGAGACAUAGCCUAGAGUGAUUGGGGAGAAAAGCAUAUUCCCCAGUGGCUAACAAACAGCUUUUCCAUUUGCUUCAUCUUCCAUAACUUUCCAAAUACCAUUUCACUUUCUAACUGUGCGUUUGACUAGUCUAGGUGCUUUGCGUACAGUUUCUGUCCUUUGAUGACUGCUUUAUUUCACUUAGCACAAUAUCUUCAAGUUUAUUCCAUUUUGUAACGUAAGUCUGAGUUCCCUUUCUUCUGGGGCUGUGACGUACCUCAAGGUGAAGUUCUUGCCCUGUGGGCCCAUGGACAGUCCUGGUUUCCAUGCUUCAGCACUGCAGAUGGUUCCCUUCCAUUGCUGGGCUAAAUGGUAUUCCAUGUGUGUCUGUGGCUCAGCUGGCUCUUGUAGUCAUGUGGUGCUGUGCAAUCGCUGUUCCCUCCUGUUGAUUAUGGGUCUGUUGAGAGCAGUGCUGUUCAGAGAAGAGCUCUGUGUAUUGGAGUCUCUGCAUUUAGCCUUUGAAAUCCAUACUCGGAGCAGAAUUUCCAGAUCAAUGAGGAUUCUGUUUAUUUUUACUGUAGAAACUACUGUAUUUUCAUUUCACAGAGAGACCACAACAUUUUAAGUUCCCACUGAGAAUAUGCAUGUCCCAGUGUUUUAACUCUAUUUUUACAGUUUGGCCAACAUUUGUUAUUUUUGCUUUCUGAAACUAGCCAUUUUUAAAUGUGUGUGAAAUGAAAUGGUAUCUGCUUCUUGGUUUUAAUAAAAUAAAAAUUGAAGUUUCAGCAUGUUCAGCUGAAGACUCUUAGGGAAUCAUCCAAGUGGGAUGUCAGGCUGACCUGACAGACAUCAGAGGCUUGAGUCUGAAGGAAGGAAGGGAAGUUCAUUAAUUCACCAACACAUAGAUGGCUGUGUCAUCACUCUGUGCUGGGAAGAGGUCAUCAAGAGCUGGGCAGGGGGUGGGGGGAUGGGAUACAGAAGUGCCUGUGGAAGUUGGCCAAAGAGAGAUAGUGCAGAAGGAGAGGUAGUGAGCACUUGCAGCGGAAGAGCCAGUCCAGAAAGCUGGAGAGUGAGAGUGAUGCCUAGGUAGGGCAGGAGGCUGUACUGAGAAGUGUACAUUGCCCCUUGCACUAGAAGAGAUCUGAGGUCAUGUGAGUGCAGGUAUCAGUAUUGCACUGAUAUUGUUGGGGACGAAGGGAUUUGAGCAUCUGAAGUCCAGCAAGUAUGUUAUGAGGCCAUCCCAGUAGCAGAAGGCACAGUUAAGACUGUGCUCCUGGAAACUGGGCUGUGGCUUCUAGAUAUUGUGCCCAGUUUCUUGAUUCCAGCAUGUAGGUAGGUGCAUCUGUAGAAGUACCCGUUGUCCUAAACAGCAGAGAACUGUCUUGCUAUGAUGUUCCAUCUCAGGCUGCAUUGAAUUUCCAGGCAAGAGAGUCAGAAAAUCCUCUGGAUCUAAAGCAGGGGAGCUCCUGUAGAUUGGGGUAAUGUGAGUAUCUUCAGAAAUGUGGUUCCUUUACAGCUAACAUGGGUCCCAAAGAGCCUGUUGUAGGUUGGUGUAGUUGCUAAGGGAGGAGCUAGGUUCGAGGUUUCCUUUGACUCUCUGCUUGUCCAUUCUAUUCAUGUGGGAUUUAUCAGCAUAGCUAUAAGACUUCUGCUUGUCCUCUGGUUCCCUCCAGAGCCAACUUUCCAGGCAGGAAUAAGGUAGAAGGUACAAACUUGGACCAGUGGAGUCAGUUUUGUUUUCCAUCAUUUUCUGUUGACAUCUGUCAUGAGUAGGCCAUGGCAGAAAUAUAAAUGACCACAUUUGUGUCUUUCAACUAUGUCAAAAUUUACUGAAUGACCAAUAAAUUCACAAACUGCGUCAGUUCUGUUA